AUGCCGUUUCUCUGCGGCCCAUCCCGCAAACCAGACGAGGACCAUGCCGCCACCACACCACAAAAAACCUCUACCACUCCAUCCUCCCUACACAUAACCUCUACCGCACCUUCCUCCCCACACGAAACCUCCACCACUCCUCCCUGCCAGGUCACCGACAGCACGACAGACGACGCAUCCAUUUCCGUCCCCUCCCAUGACGCCUUGCCCAGCAUCCUCCACCGCCUUCCCUUGGAUCUACUCUACUACCUGACCACCCAUCACCUCUCCGCCGACGCCGCCGACGUCCUCGCCCUCAGCGCCACCAGCCGCGCCUUCCGCACCCCGCUGCUCCUCAUCCCCACCACCGGACCGCCGACGGAAUCAUCCAUCCGUGCGUCCCGCAGCUUCCUCAAGCGCCUAAACUACGACCGCUUCACGCGCGCCUGCGCCGCAGAGCGGCUAGAACACCAGCAGCAGCAGCAGGCCAACAACAACAACAACAGCGAGCAGCAGCAGCGCCCCUGCUCCGCAUGCGUCGACGCGCACCCGCCGUCCCUCUUCUCCUCCGCACAACUGGCCCGCACGCCCGAGCAGCGGCGCUGCAAAGGCGCCGAGGGCAUCUUGCGCAUGUGUCGGCACAAGGCCUUCACGUACGACAAGGUGGCGAGGGCGAUGGCGGCGGCGGCGUCGAACCGAGAGCUGUCGUCGAUGCGGUCGUGGUUCCUGUCGCGGUGGCAGUGCCAUCACUGCGAAGUCGAAGCAUACAUCAACGCAGACGACAGUAGUGGCCACCGCAGGAAGCUGAUCUGGCCGCGGGCCGCCGAGCUGGUCAUCUACAGCGGCCGCGGGACCGAGAGGCUCUUCGGUCCGCGGGCGCAGCUGAGGGUCGUCGUCGCGGUGGGCGAGGUGCGGCGCGGCGAGAGCCUGACGCUGGAGCGCGUCAUGGGCGUGCUGGCGGCAAUCGAGGAGGAGGAGGAGUCCGGGGGCGUGUUCGUGUGUAGGCACGUCAAGUUUGGGGACCCGCGCACGUUUCGGACGAGGCCGUGGAACUUGGGCGACCCGGGCAUGUCCAGGGAUGGGCAGAUUCUGAUUUCUAGCCACGAGUGUCUCGAGCCCAGCUGCCACAUGAUGGCUUGCUUGUACUGGAAGAGGUCAAGGCUUUUUGCGGGCGCCGCUCCGGAUGAGCCUGUUGUGGAGUUGGAAAUAACCCGCCGUUUGGGGUACAUGCUGUCGCCCAGCAGUGAGUGGUGGCUGGCUCAGAUUGAGGAGGAGGGGUGA